ACAAAACAUGUCGUCCUCAUCGCACUAUUCCAUUCUGUCCAGCAUUACAAUAUUAUUUGUACAAUAUACAAGCACAUUUACUUUCAUUACGUGAACGAUGCUCUCAACAAAAAAGGUUGUCGUCAUUGGAGGACGCUAUGCCGGUGUGGCAGCUGCCAUGCGCCUGAAUGCCGGGCUCGGGCAUCAGGAAAAUGUUGAUCUUACACUUAUUACCAAGGAAGAUUAUUUCCAGCAUAACCUAGGAUCUUUCCGUGCGCUCGUUGAACCAUCUUUUGCAGAAAAGCUUUUCAUACCAUAUUCCAAGAUUUUCACUUCCUCGAACGGAAAAAUAGUGCAAGGAACCGUUGUCGCCAUUCAUCCUAACCAUGUAGUUCUGGCUGGAGGAAGCAAUGUCCCUUUCGAUUAUCUGGUUAUUGCGACUGGCUCCUCUUAUCCUAGUCCAAGUAAAAGCAGUAAGGACGCACGUACCGAGAGUAUUGCCGAGCUCCAGGAAAUUGCAACAGCCAUAAAAGAAGCAAAGAGCGUUCUGAUUGUGGGUGGCGGUCCAGUCGGAAUCGAGAUCGCAGGGGAAGUGGCUACUGAUUACCCCGAAAAGAAAGUGACCUUGGUGCACGCCAGCACAACCCUCAUGAAUGGACCUUAUUCGGACAAGUUUAAAGCGCGUUUGCUAUCAACGCUCCAGCAACGCAAGGUUAAUGUCGUCCUUGGCGAGAAGGUCGAAGGGUUGAAAGCGCUCUUUCCCGAUCCAACGCAGAAAGGAUGGCACGUUGGAGAAACUUUUGUCAAAACCAACAAGGGUCGUGAAAUCAAUGCCGACGUGAUAUUACUAGCUACCGGCAACUCAUUGUUCAACUCUCACUUGGUCCAAUCGCUGAGUGAAGACCUGAUUGAUGCAAAGGGACAACUUAAAGUGCGGCCGACCCUUCAACUCGACAAUGAUGCUUUCCCACACAUCUUUGCAGCCGGUGAUGUCACAAAUGCUGAUAUGAAGCUGGCAUAUCUUGCAAAGCCACAAGCCGAACUUGCUGCCGAUAACAUUCUAAAGUUGAUCAAGUCUGGACCUGAUGCAAAACUUGCAGCGUACAAGCCAAGCACAUCCGUCCUCGCAGUUGUGUCAAUAGGACGUAACGGAGGUGUUGCUCAAUUGCUAGGCGUUUGGGGGGAUUGGGUGGUAAAGAUGUUGAAAAGUAAGGAUCUUUUUGUGAAGAGAUAUUGGGCCGACCUUGGAUUAGCAAAGGAAUUUCCGCAAUGAGUGCAUAGAGGGUUCCGAGUACUUGAGUAGAGAAGGGAGGUGAAUUCUGGCAGUGCGAGUUCUUGUGUGUAAUAUCCGUGGUUGAAUUUCGUAAUCUUGAUCGAACGCGUUUCUCCUAUGAUGGCUAAUGUUACGUAAAAAAUACAAAAGUGGUACUCUCAAAUA